AUGAUUGGUCUCUUCGCGUUUGUCAAGCUCUCCUCUGUGUCGACUUCAGUGUAUGCAGCUGUUCAUGUUCAGCCCUGGCCGCCCCCCACUACUCCUUCACCACUACCCUUUGACGUACUAAACCGAAUCAUCAUUUGCGCGCAUCGCUUCCCCCUACACGUGCGAUUGCUCCACGCUCGUUCACCUCGCAGCGCACCCAUUGCGCCCACCAGACACUCAUGCGGCUCCAGUUCUAUCGAUAAGGCAGCGGAGAGGGCAAUGCAACGCCCCCAGCUUUCACCUCUGCGGUCGAGACUGCUUCCAUACCUCGCCGCUACAGGCGCCUGUAUCGCGCUAUGGAGCUCCCCGAUACCUGGCGCCCACGCUGCCGAAGUCCCUGCGGCCCCCGACCACGACGUCCUUGAUAGCCCCGUACUUUACGCCCUUCCCAACGGCGAAAUGUCGCAGAUUGGGCAUGGAGGACACAAUCGCAUAGAGAGUGACGGCUAUGAGCCGGACUUUGCCUACCUCGAUCGCAGUCUGAUUGGGCGGCAGGCCGACGUGCUUGACACGUUGGUCAACAACGAGGGGAUGCCAAAGGACAUCAACCCGGAGGAGACGAUGCACUUUGUGUUCAAGAAGGGCGAAUUGCGCGUGAGAAGUGCUCUUGACGUUCCCACGGAAGCUCUGGAAGCACGGGGAACGGAGAAUGUUUCGGACGGAGUUGGAUCGGCGGAUGAUGUUGCGCCUGGCACAGGCAAUGCGAGUGACGAGGAUGAGGCUGGACUGGACAAGCGCCAGUCUGGUGGCAGUCGCGUCUGGCUAACUGCCAACACUUGUCGUCAGCCUAUGCCGAACGGAAAUACGACGGACGCCAUGAAGAACCAUCCUCAGCUCGUCAUGUACGUCUCCACAUCAGCGCAGAAUCAGCGGCCAGGCCCAGAUGCAACGCAAGACACUCUAACCAACAUAACGGGCGUGCUGUUCGAUGGUGGCUACGCCAGUUUUGAGCUCAAUGCUACGUCAGAUGUGUACAUUGGCAUUGGAGCGCCCAAGCUAGAAGAAGACUGGUUCGGCAGCUGGCAUUUUGAACUGGCUGCCAGCACCGACGGACCCUACCACAGCUACAACGCCACUGAACCGUUCCUGUACAUGGUGGAUACUGACAGCGAGUCUGCGUUAUUCAUCACGUACGACCUGGGCGAUUCGAACAAGACGGAGGAUGUCGAUAAAUGGAAGGCGCAGAACCCUUUCCACAUGUACGCUUUUCCAGAUGACGAGUGGACUCCAGUUACGGGGCUGGAACGGUCAUAUUGCGCGCUCAAGGAACAGUUCAAUGUGAACACCACGAGGAACUUCACCAUUGACACGAGUAUCACGACGAAGUUUAGCGGCGACAGCUUCAUGCCCAAGAGCCAGUUCCAUGUCAGGAACUUGCAAGCCGCGAAGACAUACAAUGGUUUCGUAGUAGUUGAGGGGAGCCAAGAGCCACUAUACAUUGACCGCGUAGGCACAACGCGAGGCGGAGGCCGGGUCUUCCAGGCCUUCAACUGGACCACAAAAGCCGACGACUCCUGCCAAGUCCUCUUCGACCUCGACUUUUGUGACACGGUCGCCUACGCCGUACCAUCCAACACCCGCUUCAAAUACAACGACACGGCCCUUGCAACAAUCUACGACGAUCAAGCCCGUGAGUACUACGACAACUUCACAAAGUCGCUGGCACAGGUUGCUUGCGACACCGUCUCUGAAUCGCAAUACUCGCUCGCCCGCACCUGCGACGACUGUGCAAAAGACUACAAAUCCUGGCUCUGCAUGGUUCUCAUGCCGCGCUGCGAGGACUGGACCGCAAACGACUCGUCGCUCGUCCCGCGUAAUGUCAAGACACCUUUUGCCAAUGGCUCCUUGCCCGACAUGAUUCCUGGCUUCAACGACAGCGCGGCGUUUGCUCGCAGUAGGAAUCCGCUCAUCGACGAGGUCAUCCAACCGGGUCCGUACAAGGAGAUGAAGCCCUGUGAGGACAUGUGCUUUGAUAUUGUGAGGAGUUGUCCUGCGCAGAUGGGGUUUAGUUGUCCGAAUGGGGCGCAGAGGGAGAGCAUGUAUGGCCGGAGGGAUCCGGAUAAUGAUCGGUUGACGUGUAAUUUUCCGGGAGCGGUCGUCAAGUUGAAUGCGAAUAGUAGUGGCGAGGCGUUGGGGGUGCAGAUGCAGGGUGUGAUGGCUGUUGUUGGUAUAGUCGCUGCUAUGUUGUUGGUUUGAGAUGGAAAGAAGACGUUGUGCUCCCCUGGCAUUCAGGUAGAGAAGUGCAUGGGGGCUAGCAUUGUCCUGGCGUUGCAACGAAUAUCAUAUAUGACCUUUGCUUCACCAAGGUAUCUCACACACUAAACUCCAACCUGUUUCCCGCAAAGUCUCGUGCAAAGAACCUCGUUGGAUACUCGACGCCCUCCGCCCCACUAUUCUUCGCACCAGGCUUAUCAGCCAUCAAUGGCGCGCUCUCGCUCUCCCCUUUUCUCUCAAAGUGCUCCCAUACCCUGAUUUGCAGCUCGUUCAGCGCUUCUACGCUCCCAACCCGGAAACAAGGGUGGCGUGAGGAAGGAUGAGCAAAGUCCUCGGGCUUGCCGAUUGCGACGUGGACUUGCUGGCCUGAUGUGCCGAUGU